GGAUGAGGCAACACUUCAACUUUCUUCGACUCGCUCCCCAUGGGGCCACGUUCGGAGCCUCGAAGGCGGCCCAUUUACCAUGGUGAGUCCUUACCGCCACCACCGGCACCCCCACCAUCGAGGAUCUCGCCGCUCUCAACCUUAGAUCGAGUCCGUGACUUUCUCGAUCGGGCUGGCUUUGAGGGCCCUGAAGAGCGGCCAAAAGACCGAAAUGAUCGAAGGGUUCGAUCAAAGGACGCAGAGUCUCGCAGUACCUCAGAGAUACGCAGAUUGCCAAAGAGCAGCGGGUCAAAGCCCCAGUCACAGCGUGGGAAGCUUCCAGAUCCGCCAGCUCCGCCAGACCCACCGACCCCACCCACUCCACCAGCUCCACCAGUGCCACCAGUUCCACCAACACCUCCAGCAACACUUUCAGUGACACCUCCAGCACCCCUACUAGCUCCACCAGCCCCACCUGCACCGCCCAGUGUGCCAACCCUCCCACCCACCCCACCCAUCCCACCUGGCCCACCUGCCCCACCUGCUCCACCUGUGCCACCCGCCCCACCCACAAUGAAACGUGCUAGAAGUGUCAGCCAGGAAAGGGUACUUCCACCACCCUUGCCACCGGCAGCCGAGACACGUCAGAGCAAAAGACAAAGGUUUCCAGACCCUCCACCUCCACCAGAACCAAGGUUGCCGCGCCCGCCACCUCCCCCCAAACCCGUUUGGCACGAGUAUGAGGAGGAUGACUAUGACUAUGACUACUACCAGACUUGGGAUGAGGAUGAGGAAGAUGAAAGAUACUUUACUGAAAGGGAGGGCCGAUUUGAACUAUUUUCUCAUAGCUCAGAUGAUGAAGACAACCAAUCGCAGGUUAGCUACUUGCCGCCACCCCCUAUGCCGGGUGACUUUGCUCUACCACCUCCGCCACCUGCCGUUCCCAAAGGUUGGGGCAAGGCUUCCAGGUUUACAUCUCGCCGGAACAUGGCUGUGACUCACAGCAAGUGGUUCUGUAAUUUAUGCAACAAAGAUUUUUGGAACGAGGAAAAAUACAACAUACAUGUUCAAGAUGAUCAUAUCCCAUGUCCAGAAGACGGCUGCUCCUUUUCAGGGCCUGAGUUUGUGAUGGCCGUCCAUAGGCUUAAGCAUGUGAAAGCGGCGGAUGGAAGUAGCGUCACAGACUCACCGGAGGAGCUUGCUGCUUGGAAAGCCAUGCGGAAAGCCAAUUUUCCCAGCAAAGGCAACUUGCAGAGGAAGGCAGAGAUGGAGGAGAAACGGCGAUUGUCGGGUGCUCUUCCUGAUCCACCUAAGGUCAGCAUGCUGGAAAAGCUUUUGCGUCGCACCCAUGGUGUGGAAAGAAGUGGAAAGGGCUUUGGGUACAAAGGCUGUGGCAAGAAGGGAAAGUUCAAGGGAAAGGGCAAGGAAUGGAAAGGAAAGGAUGGGAAGGGUAAGGAGUGGAAAGGAAAAGAUGGAAAAGGAAAGGGCAAAUUUUCGGGCAAGAAAGGAAAAGGCAAGAAUAGGUGGACACUGGAUCAUGAUGGGGAUCAAGAGAGGCAUCACAAUCACCCUACCUACGCUGUGCCUUUGCCAUCUGUGGUGGCCAAUUGCGUGCCUUUGGAGGCGCCCUUUGGUAUUCAGCACCAUGUCAAUGUGGCACCAACACAGCAGUUCAAAUGGGGUCUUUGCCGCUUUUUUGAGCGUGGCUUUUGCUUUCAUGGAGAGAACUGCCAGUAUGAACACAGCGGAGCAAGCGCACAGCAAGUCAUUAGCAGCACUGCCUGGUGGGCGCUUCCCUCCUCCCUGGCGAACCGUGCCGGACGACCAGGCGAGGGUCCAGCUGGUGGCGUCUUCGGGUCUCUUCGUUCUCGGCAGCUUCGCCCUACUCGCGUUGAACCCUAUGUGGUUAGGGAUCCACGAGAACGGAGGGAUGGGCUGCUGAGAAGGCUUCUACAACCUGACGUGGAGAGGUACUAUUCCGCUAUCCUGCAGUGUGUGCGCUACAUUGUCUCCACUGAUUUCUUGCGUUUGGAAAGGCCUCACAUCGAGGGCCAGCCUGAGGUUCAACCGCAGCCAAGUCCCGUUCAACAAGCCGCCACGGAGCAACCUGGCGAUGAGCCGGACAAUCAACUGAUGGAUACGGAGCCCACUGACCUGGACGAUGAAGAGAUUGCUGGAUUGGGCUCUUUGUUACGCAAAGAAUAAAAA